UUUGCCGUGGCUGGUCGUGCGCGUCCUGAGCGCUCUGGCUCACCUGGACAACCCUCCUCCCCGCCCCGCGCCUUGUCCCACCUAAACUUCUCGGAGAGCCUGGGUCGCGCUGCGCGCCGUCCCCCCCUCGCAUUCUUGCUCCCCGGGCAGGCGGCAGGCGGCGGCGGGAGUCGGGACGCGCGGCGAGAGGGGCGCCCCCGCCGGCCCCUCUGGGAACAUGGCGACCGGCGGCUACCGGAGCGGCGGCAGCACCACGGACUUCCUGGAGGAGUGGAAGGCGAAGCGCGAGAAGAUGCGCGCGAAGCAGAACCCCGCGGGCCCGGGUUCUGGCGGCGGCGGCGGCGAUCCUGCCGCUAAGUCCCCUGCGGGACCACUGUCCCCAGCCGCGGUCGCCGGGACCUCCGAGCUCAACCACGGCCCCGCGGGCGCGGCCGCACCUGCUGUCCCCGGGCCCACCGCCCUGAACUGCGCUCUGGGUCCCUCGGCGCUGCCCCGCUCGGCUCCCGGCUCUCGGCGGCCGGAGGAGGAAUGCUCGACCGCCGCUGCAGUCGCGGGGGGGCCCGCGUCCCGGGGCGACGAGGAAGAACCGGACGGCGCCCCGGAGAAGGGCCGCAGCUCGGGGCCCAGCGCCAGGAAAGGCAAGGGGCAGAUCGAGAAGAGGAAGCUGCGGGAGAAGCGGCGCUCCACCGGCGUGGUCAACAUCCCCGCCGCGGAGUGCUUAGAUGAGUACGAAGAUGACGAAGCCGGCCAGAAAGAGCGGAAACGAGAAGACGCCAUCACACAGCAGAACACCAUUCAGAACGAAGCUGCGAGCCUCUUAGACCCAGGCACUUCCUACCUGUCCCAGGACCCGUCAAGAACAGUUCCGGGCAGAUACAAGAGCACAAGCACUGCUCCAGAAGAUGACGCCUCCAGCCGAUAUCCCCGAACAGACAGAGGUGGCUUCAACAGACACAGCAGAGAUGCCAAUAUGGCGGGCAGCUUCGCCUCCAGUACCACAUUGGAAAAGAGAAUUGAAGAUCUCGAAAAGGAAAUAGCCAGAGAAAGGCAAGAAAACCUCAGGCUUGUGAGAUUGAUGCAAGACAAAGAGGAAAUGAUCGGAAAACUCAAGGAAGAGAUCGAUUUGUUAAACAGAGACCUUGAUGACAUAGAAGAUGAAAAUGAACAGCUCAAGCAGGAGAAUAAAACUCUUUUGAAAGUUGUCGGGCAGCUGACAAGGUAGAAGACUCACGGCUCGGUGUGGAGAAUCUGUUUUUAAACUACUGAUUGAAUGUCAUGGCUAAGGCAGAGAAGAUGCGCUCCCGUGAAGCAAUACAUUGAGAAAACUGUAUUUAUUUCUGACAAACAGAUGGAUACCGGUUUGCAAGAUUACUCCUUUUCAUUAUUAGCCUUAAAAAGUAUCAACCCUGUAUUUCACAAAUUCGUGAACAUUUUUAGUUAUUAAAAGGAUAAGGUAAUGUCUCUUGGUUUUGUGUGAUAGCCCAGUAAUAUAUGGUUCAAAGUAGCAGCCAUUUGCAUAUAUUUUAAUCUAGGUUAGUACAUAUUCUCCCUACAGGAAUAUGCCUAGUCUUUGUUUACAUGAAUUCAAGUACUUGGGGAGUCGCCUACAAAUGCUUUAUUACUAAUGUGUGCAGUCUUCUGUGUGUUAAUACUUGCUCAUAAAGACCUCUCUGAGGUCAUCUUUCUUUCCAUGUGCUCAAAUGAUUCUGAGUAGUGAUGGACACACUAUUUUGUAUAGCGGUAAUCUUGAAAGGAACGCGAUUUUAUAGAGUUACUCAAUGUGUUCUAGCUGGCUAAAUGUAAACUUAAGAGAAUACUUGAACUGUGUUAUAGUAAGUGAAAAUUUACUAUUUUGUGUUUGAAUUUUGAAAAAUUUCAAUUAUUUCUGAAAAAAAAACAGUUAAUGUAUAGUUUCUUAUGUAGGUACUAUCAUAUCAUUUUUUUUUAUGGCUCUAGGUUUUCUCAGUAAAUAUGGGAUAUUUAAAAAGUGGCUUAUCCUUCAGGCCUCGAGUUGUGGACAGUUUCAGUGUUGAAGAAAAUCGAUGCCUUGAAUAGCAUGUGCUUCAAAAUCAGAACCGAAAUAUUUUUCCACACUUGAAAAUAUUUGUACAUUUGUUAAGCAGAAUAGCUCAGCUGAUUCCUGACUUGGAGAAACACAGGGAUGCGAUUUUCCUCAUGGGAGAACAGUCCCGUGUCCCAAGGGCUCCUGCUUCCUAAUACUGAAAAUCCUAAAGAGACCAUAUUUGAAGAUUUAUAAAAUAAAGUUGGCUCCUGUUCAAUA